AUGGCCCCCUCGCCUUCAACGCACCAUUCUCAAAGCCGAACACGGGCCAUUCGUUCGUUCCUGGUCCAUCACCUGAACUUUUAUCGUGUGCACAUACUUUUCUUUCUGUUUAACAGUGUCAGCGCGAUGACCGUGUGUGGUAUUUCCACGGUGGACUUAAGUGGGUUGACUGCGUUCCAGCAAGUCUUGCUGUUUAUCCAGAUGUGCUUGGGCAGUCCGGUUGCCGUUUCAUGGGUGAUGGUGUACACUCGAAGGAGUUUCUUCGCUAGAAAGUUCCGGCACAUGAUUGGCGUGGAUCUAGCGCGAGGAAUUGCUGCCGAAGUGCACGCACCAGUUCAAGUGACACUCGUCCCAUGGUGGCGACGGGCAUUGAAUAUGUUGCACCCCGGUGGGAGGAGGUCAUACGGCCCUGACUUCAAAGGAAGUGAUUCUCUAGAUCGAUGUUCCUCCCCUCACGUACGACCUGACAUGAUACGGCGGAUGGAUGACGCUCCAAGAUUAAUCAAUCCCACCGGUUCCAUCAGCGAAGGCCGGACACGUCCAUUCGCUGGAGCUGAUAAACCGAGGAGCAGCCAUGAGACAGCAGAUCACUUUCGGGCGGAUUCUCCUCAUGGCCCGCCGUCCUCAGAUGUGCAUUCGUCGAGACCAGUGGCCGAUGACAGCAGAGCAACCCGGAGGGGUGAUGGCACCUUAGCUUGGCGUAUGAUCACUAACCCAGCAGCUUUAUCUGAGUCGGUGGUAUCUGAUGUGCACAGUUUACACACAAUCUCUCCCAUCAGUACGACAUUCGCUACCCCGCCUCCCUCGGGAAUGCCUCAUACUCAUGCAGUCGAGUUCUCUUCUGUCCCGCGCCCAUCUCGUGAUGCCCAUGCCGCUGGCGGGAAUUUGCCAGAUCACACACCAUUCAGUGUGGGGCCUGACCACAUCGAAAUAUUGUCUCACGAUGGGCGAUCAAUGCGCCGUCCAAGUUCGUCCUUGCUUCGCAGCACAGACGCACCACCGCCAUACCCUUCAUCUCGUCGCGCAUUGCAUCGAGAUUUUGGUGGCUUCCCUAUGCCUAAUGUGAUCUUUUCGAGGCUAUUGAAGCGCUUCUUUCCCAAGUUCGAACGCAAGCUCACUCGCACCAUGACCAUACCUCGCACACGCACCAUCGCCUCCCAGCAUGGCACCGUAUUGGCUGGCGUGAAUGCGGUACCUUACAUUACUUUCGAGGCGGUCGUAGGACGCAAUUCGGCAUUCAAGAACCUGACGCGAGAGCAAAUGGACGAACUUGGCGGAGUCGAGUACCGUGGGCUCACUGCGUUGUUGUGGCUAGUUGCUGGGUAUCAUAUACUGUUACAAUUAUUGGCGUUUGUUGUCAUAGCGCCCUACAUGUCCAUUCCCCGAUGGAGUAGUGACUUCAGGCCACCUAUGCUUCAUCGAGAGGUGUCACCUGUGUGGUUUUCGCUUUUCCAAGUAGUGUCGUCUUACACGAACACUGGGAUGUCUCUGGAAGACACAUCCAUGGUCCCUUUUCAAACGGCAUAUCCUAUGAUUGUACUCAUGAUAAUCCUCAUCCUUGCGGGCAACACCGCAUUCCCUGUCUUUUUACGGCUCAUGAUCUGGACUAUUACCAAGGUCAUCCCCAAGCAUUCGCGUUUGAACGUGACCUUACACUUCUUGCUCGAUCACCCUCGGCGAUGUUUCAUAUACCUGUUUCCCUCCCAUCAGACAUGGUUUUUGCUCACAGUGCUACUGGUGCUCAAUUGCACGGAUUGGUUCUUCUUUCUUGUGUUGGACAUCGGUAACUCUGCCAUCAAGUCAAUACCAGUUGGCGUACGCGUCAUCAUUGGAUUACUUCAAGCCACCGCAGUCCGAGCCUCGGGCUUUGGUACCGUCCCGCUUUCAGUCCUUGCACCUGCUGUGAAGGUAUUGUAUGUGAUCAUGAUGUACAUCAGCGUAUAUCCGAUCGCCAUGAGUGUGCGUUCGACGAAUGUCUAUGAAGAGAGGUCCUUAGGGGUCUUCAAAGAGGAUGACUCUAUAGACGAAACUUUCAACCCCUCCGGAAAUCGGGUGACAGUUUGGGGACGAUAUUUAGCGAGUCAUAUGCGAAAACAGCUUUCUUUCGAUAUGUGGUGGCUAGCUUUGGCGUUGUUCCUCGUCUGCAUCGUCGAACGUGACAAUCUCAUCAAUACAAACAACUUGGAGUGGUUCACCAUCUUCAGUAUCUUAUUCGAACUAGUCUCUGCCUACGGAACCGUUGGCUUAAGUCUAGGCGUUCCAUAUGCCAACUACUCGUUCUCCGGCGCAUUUAGACCGUUGUCCAAGCUAAUUCUAUGCGCAGUCAUGCUGCGUGGAAGACACAGGGGUUUGCCUGUGGCUAUCGACCGUGCCGUCAUGCUUCCGUCCGAGUUCCAAGAGUCAUUGGACCAGGAUUCUCCGAUUCGAAGUCAUGACACACCAAACGAUAGUCGCGAUACGUUUGAUAGACCGGAGCCACAGACAGACAACCUCUAUCUUCACGAGACCAACAGCACUCGACAACGACCUCACCCAUUCUCUCGCAGACACUCGGAUAGCUCAAUACAUGAAAUGCGACUUUGGAAUGGAUAG